UCAAACCAAAGUCAGCAAAGUCAGUGUGAUGGUCACUCCAUUUCUCUUUGUGGAAGUGCUCGGAGCUCGUGUUUACCACUAAUAAUAACUCCCGUUGUGUUGUACCAGUCGCAGAAAAAUCAUCAAAUUUAGACAACAGUUUUAGGUUUUAACUUGUAUCGACUUAACCCCAAUCCCACUUAUCAGUCAUUCAUUAUUACGCAUUCGUCCCAGAAGGAAAGUAGGAGCAUGGACACGGGUAAUGUUAGUUCCAGCGUAAAACCCGAAAAUGGGUCAACUCCAGUAGAAAGUGGGAAAUGCGAGGUCGAACUGCAGCUAGAAGCAAAGGCAGAGUCGUCAAACGUGACGAUGGAGGAAACACCGAAUAAGUCGGUGGCAGUGGUGCAAUCGAUUUCAGAUGGCACAAUGGAACCCUCAACAAAAACACAUUGGCUGAAAAGGUACCUUCAGAAAAAAGUUGAAGGGCUGACCAGAAGGCAGAUUUACAUUUGCUUCAUUUUUGCAUUCGUGGAAUUCUUUGCAGCAACCGUGAUUUCCAUUCAAGCUCCUUUUUUCCCUGACGUGGCCGCAUCAAAAGGUGCCACGCCAAUAGAAUAUGGCUUCGUCUUUGGGAUUUUUGAGUUGACUGUAUUUAUAAUGUCCCCGAUAUUUGGAGCUAAGAUGAAUGCAUUUGGCCCGAAAAGACUCUUUAACUGGGGGAUAUUUACGACGGGAGCAUGCUGUGUAAUUUUCGGGUUGUUGGAUCUAUUGCAAGGAAGAGUAUCGUUCAUUGUUGCAUGUUUUGUCGUACGUACGAUAGAAGCCGUUGGAGAUGCUGCGUUUGUUGUAGCAUCUUUUACAAUCAUCGCACUUGAGUUUCCUGACUCUGUUGCAACGACUUUUGGCACGAUGGAGACGUUUUAUGGCUUGGGAAUGAUUGUUGGACCUACCCUUGGUGGUGCCCUUUAUGAGUUUGGGGGCUACUCAUUGCCAUUCGCCUUAAUGGGAGGCCUUUUGUUCGUUUGUGCAUGGGCUACCUAUUUUUUCCUUCCGGAAAUUGGAGAAUCUCCAUCCAUUGAGAAAGGCGAUCAAAAGUUAUUGACCACAUCCGGAUUGGAAACUUUCCAAAUGCUUCGGUUCCCUGUAAUCUUCAUGAUUGCCUACAGUAUUGUUGCAACUGCUGCUGGAGUUGGAUUCCUGCAUUCUACGUUAGAACCUCACUUGGAUGUUGCUCAGGCCAACCUUAACAAAUUCCUUGUUGGUGCGGUCUUUAUCUUGAACGGGGGUGUGUAUGCUAUCGGGGCACCAACGUGGGGAAGGAUUUGCGACCAGUCCGAGCAACCAAAGUAUUUUACAGUGAUUGGUUCCAUUUUUACAAUCUGUGGAUUUAUUUUAGUAGGACCAUUGCCUUUCUUGCCUUGGGAAACGAAUUUAUGGAACAUUUGUAUUGGAUUGGUUCUGUUUGGGCUCGGUUUGGGGGCCACCCUUGUGUCUGCAUUUAUUCAAGCGUUGCAAGAUGCUGUGGCACUCGGUUAUCCUGAUGAUGUCUCCACGUAUGGCUUGGUCUCUGGGUUGUGGACCUCGAUGACAGCUUUGGGAUUUUUUAUUGGGGCCAGUAGCGGUGGAAUCUUGUCGUACUCAGUUGGAUUCAGAUGGGGAACAAUGUUUGUCCUUGGAGGACAGUUAAUUUUGGUUGUAAUGUUGAUGGUGUACUUUUACACUCGAAAAGGAAAGAGUGGUGAUAACGACAAUUCUGGAAAAACUGAAAUUGCAAUGAACUCUUCCGAAAUCAUCGAAUCGAAUGGAACUGAGACAAAUAAUUCUAAAAUAACCACUGCCACAACCAAUCCAACUUUUCAAAAUGACGAAUGACACUAAUCGAGAGCCGCAAAAUACAUGCAAUAUUAUUAUGAUUAUGUAUUAUUAUGUAGAAUUGUAGACUAUAAAAUGCACAUUUAUAUAAAUAAAAUGUGUAACAUA